GUUUUUUCAAUUCCACACAAACCAUCAUAUCUAACCAUAAAUUUCAUUCGACUCCUUGUAUACAUGUGUAUAUACAGACAUACAAGGGCUUUUCAUCCUAUUUAAUCAAGUUAAAAUGGGGAUGAUUUACAGACACUUGCUGAUGGGGAAUAAGAAGGGUGAUUUGGGGCCUGUUUGGAUGGCUGCCCACUUUCCGAAACGUCUCAGAAAAGACCUUGUUCAACAGACUAACAUCACUUCUUCUGUUGAUAGAAUAUUGGUAGACCAACUUCCUGUUGUAACGUAUAGAAUAUUAGGCUUUCUUCUACUAGGAGUGACAAGGAUAUACUCGAAAAAAGUCGAGUAUUUGCUUCAUGACUGCAAUAAUAGCCUUAAUGAAAUGAAAAUUCAUCUCGAGGGAAGGACAAAAGUUAAUAAAGAUGUUGGGGGUAUGUGCACACCAGAAUCUUCAAGCAAGAGAUCUAAGCAUAGCGUAGUAGACAUGCCUGUAUCCAAAUCUUCUGGUAUAAAGAGAUGCAAUGUCUUUGUUGAGGCUAUGAAUGCACAAUUAUCUUCAAUCAGCCUGCCAGAAAAUUUUGAACUAGAUGCAUUUGAUCUGGAAGUUGUGGAAGAUGAUAACAGCGAGGACCAUGUGAAAUCCCGUUUGGAGAUCGUGCUUAAUGAAGAUGCAUGGGAAAAUGACCGGACUGGGGGUCAAACAUUUGGCAAGGACUGGUGGGAUGUUUCUUCCAGUUUCACAGGCCAUGCUUCUGCUUAUGCUACGACUACAAACACUAACCCAAGUAACGCGGAAACAAGUGCUGAGAAACUACGCCAUAGAUUCUCCCUGGAUGAGAGCUUGGAUCCCAUGGUACUUGAUGAGACUGAUGAAGAACUACAACUCACUGAAAUACCCACUAUUCAACAAGAUCCAGAAUCGAAGAACACAAAAUUUUCGGAUGAUUUCAUGAUAUUUGAGGAUAGUGAACAUCUAGCCAAGGAGGAUUGUAGAAACAAGAAGUAUCCUGAUGAAGAUUGUACAACUGGGGAGACAAUGAUUUCAGAAAUGACAUUGGUUGGUAACAUGACGCUUAAACCUAGUCCAGAAAAACGUCAAUUAUCAGUUAGCAUUGAUGUAACACCUCAGUCGAAGGCUCCAGCUGUCUCAGGUGAACAUAAAUCAGAUUUUGUGGCUAUCCGUACCCCAGCUUCCAAAGAGCAUGCUUGGCCCCCUAGGAAGCGCAGACUUGUUUAUGAUGAUACGAUUGUGGUUCCCAACAAGGUAUUUAAAAACUGGCUUGCGGAUGCAGGCGAUCUGGUGGGGAAAAGAAGGAAAGCUUCAUAUCCACUUCUUACACGGAAAGAAUGUCGUUCCUUUGAUUUUGUUCUGGAGCCUAUAAUUCCCAUCAAUGCAGAAUUUCCGUCAGAUCUUACAUCUGUCAUUUCUACAAACAAGGUGUUGGUGCUAGAAAAAGUUGAAGAUACAAUGGAACGAGAUUCAAAACUUGAUGAAUUAGGAUCCCUUAAUACGCCUAAAACUUCUGAGCAAAAAGAAACUGAAGCAAUUGCUCCUUCAACGCCCGUAACCCAUUCAACAUCAUUGAGAUUUAACGAGACAAAUUCAUCGAGGAGCGGAGAAAAAGAGCUCUUCCCAAUUGAGGAUGUAGAAUUGGAUGAAAUUCAAAUGAAAAAGGGGCCAAGCUUGUUAGGGGGAGGAAAUCAAGAAAAUGAAAAAUGGUCGGCUGUAACCAAAAGUGUGGGGAGUUAUCUGCAUAGUAACUUGGUACAGAGAGAAGAAAGAGGAGAAGAGGAAGUUAUAAACUUGUCACAAAUUCUGAAACAUAAAACCAAGAAAGAAAGUGCAAGGUUCUUCUCUGAGAUGUUGAUUCUGAAAACGGGAGGUUACAUCGAUGUGAAACAAGGAAAGGCGUAUGAUGAUAUCCGUGUGAUGCAAACUUCAAAGUUGAAGGAAGUAUUUGGAAAGGGGAGGUGAAGGACAACGAGCGGGUGGACGGUGAUGUUGUUUGUACAAAAGAAAGUAAAGAUCAUAUGUAUGUAUGUAUGUAUGUAUGCGGUAGAAAGAAAGAUGGAAAGAAAGAAAGAAAUAGGUAGUUGUUGAUUAGAUUCUGUAGCUUUUCAAUUUCAGCCAUGGGAUAUAUGUUUAUG